CAGAGUUACGGUGGAGGUAUUCGAACUCACCUCCACAAAGGUCUGCUUUAUAUUUCUCAUAUCUAUCAAGAUACAUAAAAUGUACCUAGUUUCAUACGAAUUAGUAGCAUUCAGAACCGAUGUCUUGAACAGACUGUAAGCCUUGUAGACUAUAUCGACUUACGUAAGGGAGGCCUGUUGUAGCGUUGCGCCGUAUCAUUCAGUAAGCGCAUUAUAUCAACUAAAGAAGUUAUCUGUUCCCGCAACUCAAACCGUGCUGCUCGGUGCAGUUGGAAGGUGCGCGAAAUGAUUCAUUCUUAGUAAAGUUGUUCUGCAAGGAAGUACACCGACUUGCAGCUCUCAGAAUAAGGUCAUUCAUGGUUAUUUGAACCACAGAACCACACCGCGAUGUCUGCCUUCCGGUUUCCUCCUGGAUUUCUCUUCGGAGCAGCUACUUCGGCCUAUCAGGUUGAAGGCGCAUGGAAUGAAGAUGGUAAGGGCGAGAGUAUAUGGGACAGGCUAGUCCACCAGCACCCUGACGUCAUCAACGAUCAGUCUAGUGGGGACGUGGCAUGUAAUUCCUAUCAUCUUUACCAGGAAGACAUCAAAAUACUGAAGGAUGUAGGGUUCCACUUCUAUCGGUUUUCCCUAUCUUGGCCACGAAUUUUACCUACUGGACACGCGAACGUGGUAAAUGAAGCCGGUAUUCACUACUACAACAAUCUGAUAAAUGGACUGAUUGCCAAUGGAAUUCAGCCAGUGGUAACGAUGUUCCACUGGGAUCUGCCCCAGCCUUUACAGGACCUUGGUGGAUGGACCAACCCCCUCCUGGCCAAUUACUUCGAGGAUUAUGCUCGUGUCUUGUUUACUAACUUCGGGGACAGGGUAAAAUGGUGGUACACUUUUAACGAACCCAAAUCCAUUGCCCUUGGAUACGGUAUGCCGCUAGGUUUUGCACCCAAUAUUCCGACUCAUGGACACGGUGAAUAUCUUGUGAUGCACACAGUUCUUCUGUCGCACGCCAGAGCAUAUCGACUCUAUGAGCGGGAAUUCAAGGAAACUCAGAAAGGCAAGAUGUCUAUUGUAGCACUGUGCAACUGGAUUGAACCGAAGACUUACUCCGAAGAAGAAGAAGCGGCAGCUGAAAGAGCACGGCAGAUGCAUAAUGGUUGGAUCUUGCAUCCAAUAUACAGCACUGCUGGGGAUUACCCUCCCGUAAUGAAGGAGUGGGUAGCAAAGAAGAGCAGGGAAAAAGGAUAUCUCAGGUCUCGACUACCGAGUUUUACCAAAGAGGAAGUGGAAAUGGUCAGAGGUGCAUGGGACUUCCUAGCUGUGAACCACUACACCACUUUCUUUACGUACCAAGGUAAGGAGGGCGUGUCUAUCGUCCCGGAUUGUGACGUUUGUAUGACUCAAGAUGACAACUAUCCUGUUGCCGCUUCUUUCUGGCUACAGGUGGUGCCAUGGGGACUCAGGAAGGCGCUUAACUGGAUAGCUAAAGAGUACGACAGUCCGCCAAUUAUGGUAGCAGAAAAUGGAUUCUCUGAUCAUGGAGGGCUCAAUGACACAGCUAGAAUUGAUUUCUUCAUUAAUUAUUUGCGUGAAUUAUUGAAGGCCAUACACGAUGACCAUUGUCAUGUGAUUGGAUACACGGUGUGGAGUCUCAUGGAUAAUUUCGAAUGGAUAUCCGGGUAUACGGAUAAUUUUGGCCUUUACCAUGUCGAUUUCAACGACCCCAAUCGUAAACGGACGGCAAAGAAAUCAGCCCGAGUUUUUUCAGAGAUAAUCAGAAGCAAUGAGAUUCCGGCAGAGUUCCUGGUAAACAAGAGUUCACUGUGACCACUGAGAUAACCCACUGCUGCGUAUGCGAAUCCUUCCUUCUUCUGUUCAGAUGUAGAACUCGUGAAAUAUCAGAAUGUUCAUUUGUAAGACUGUUAAAACCUUCAUGUAAAAAAUAAUUAUAUGAUUGUGUAAAAUUCA